AUGGCGACUCCUCAUCACCACGCGGCCUCUGCUGGCCGGGAAAACACCUAUCGAGAGUCUCCAUCACGCCGUCGCCGACCUUCGGAUUUGGAAUCGCGCAAUCCCGCCAACGCAGACACACCCACUUCACCCACCCGCGGCGCUAACUAUCCUCAAUACUCGCAACCUUACCCAUCGCCGGGGACGCCAUUAGGCGAUCAAGAUCCCAUGAUGACGGCCCAGAAUCGCGGGCAAGACUUCUCGCGGAAACGGAGCCUGAUCCGACCCGAACGGAACCGCAUCGACCGUGACCAUCCCAACUACCAUUACCGUAAACAUGCCCAGAAUAUGGCCAUUUAUCCUUCGACGACGGGCAAUGAUCCGAUCUUCGAAGAUCACGUGGAGGCGGGAACGGUCAGCUCCGACAGUACCGAUAUGAAAAGCCUCAACCGACCGGAACCUGGGACCACGGGACGCCCGGGCUAUGGCGAGAAUGACAUGAACGAGAAGUACGAUAGUGUUCCCCUCGACGGACGACAACAGGGCUCGAAGCGACUCAAGCGAAAGAUGACGAAGAAAGAGUCGCGCGCGGAGAAAGAUCGCCAGAAGGAGAUCCUUCGUCCUCCGAGUUUGUGGAACAUCUACUGCGGGAUCAUCACAUUCUGGGCUCCAGAUGCGGUGCUGAAAUGUUUCGGGAUGCCGGCGCGGGCCCAGCAGAGAGCGUGGCGCGAGAAGAUCGGACUGAUCAGCAUCAUCCUUAGCAUCUGCGCUGCAGUGGGUUUCCUCACCUUCGGCUUCACACAGACGGUGUGCCCGCCAACUGCCAGUAAUCGGAUGAAAAUCAACAAAGUCGACGCGGGCUUCAUGAUCCUACAUGGUCAAGCGUACGACCUAUCCCGGUCUCACCAUCAGCUAGCUAGAGGUGUCCCGGAUAAUGCCAACGUUCUCUUCGAUCUCCCCGAGAAGCACGGCGGGAAGGACGGCAGUUUUCUCUUUCAGAACGUCAAUGGCGCAUGCAAGGGUCUCAUCACCCCGAAACCAAACUCCGGAGUCCCUACAGACGGACAAAAUAUGGGCUGGUAUUUCCCUUGUCGGACCUUCAAUCAAGAUGGUUCGAGCGAGCCGAACAUCACCGUUCCAUACUACAACGGCUACUCGUGCCAUACUUCAAAUGCGGCACGGGAUGCCUUCUACUCCCUGAAUGCCUUUGGAGACGUCUACUUCGAGUGGUCCGAUAUCAAGAACAGCAGCCGGAAUCUGAUGGUGUGGAGCGGAGAUGUCUUGGACUUGAACCUUAUUAACUGGUUCAACCGAACCGCGGUCAAUAUCCCCCCAGAGUUCGAUGCGCUUCGAACGAACCCCAGCGUUCGUGGCGUCGAUGUCACUCGAGCGUUCAUGACCAAGCGCGACAAGCACGUCGCUCGAUGCUUGACGCAAAUCGUCAAGGUAGGGACAGUCGCUUCGGAGACCGUCGGGUGCAUUGCUUCCAAAGUCGUGCUCUAUGUUUUGCUUGUCUUCAUCCUUUCUAUCGUGGGUGCGAAGUUCGUGCUUGCGAUGGCCUUCCAAUGGUUCAUAUGCCACAAGUAUAGCGCAAAGAAGACGUCUCUGGGGUCGGAUUCCAAGAAGCGUAAGCAGCAGAUCGAGGACUGGAGCGAGGAUAUAUAUCGUGCUCCCCCCCGCCCUGAGGCGGCUCUCGACCGAACCAGCAAGCGCGGCAGCACCUUAUUCCCCACGACGUCGCGUUUCACGAGCCCCUAUGCCAUCGAGCGUUCCCUUGCCAAAACCAAAGCCCCUCCAACCACUAUGACCAGUCAAACACAAGGCUCCGGCGCAAGAGGGAGCAUGUACAGACAGGGCAACCAAAGUCAAGGGACGCUGCCGACGGCGUAUUACGACUCUCAGUCCAAGCCUAUGUCCCAGGAGAGCCGGGCGAGCCUUCUUUGGUCGGGCACGGGCGACGGCAAAUACAACAGCAUCAUUGGCGAGUCCGAAGGCCCUGGCCCGGCCGGUUUUAUUCACGAAGCCGUAGUUCCUCAACCCCCCGCGGAAUGGCAACCGUUCGGAUAUCCUCUUGCUCACGCGAUCUGCCUGGUCACUGCCUACUCCGAGGGAGCUGAUAGCAUUCGGACGACUCUCGACUCCGUCGCCACCACGGACUAUCCGAAUAGUCACAAAUUGAUCUUCGUGGUCUGCGACGGUCUGAUCAAGGGUCAUGGAGAGUCCCAGACCACCCCUGACAUCAUCCUGGACAUGAUGAAGGAUAACACCAUUCCCCGGGAAGAAGUGCUCCCCUAUUCGUAUGUGGCUGUUGCUAGCGGCACCAAGCGCCACAGCAUGGCCAAAAUCUACUCCGGCUUCUAUAACUACGGCCAAGACUCUCGCGUCCCGACGGAGAAGCAACAACGCGUUCCCAUGCUGGUGGUCGUAAAAACCGGCACCGAAGACGAGGCCACGAAUUCCAAACCGGGCAACCGAGGCAAGCGCGACAGCCAGAUCAUCCUGAUGAGCUUCCUGCAGAAGGUCAUGUUCGACGAGCGGAUGACGGAGCUGGAGUUCGAGAUCUUUAACGGCAUCUGGAAGAUCACGGGCAUUUCCCCGGACUUCUAUGAAGUGGUGCUCAUGGUCGACGCCGAUACCACCGUGUUCCCGGACAGUCUGACGCACAUGAUCUCCGCCAUGGUGAAGGAUCCUCAUAUUAUGGGCCUUUGCGGCGAGACGAAGAUUGCCAACAAGCGAGAUACAUGGGUGACCAUCAUCCAGGUCUUCGAGUACUUCAUCUCCCAUCACUUGUCCAAGUCGUUCGAGUCCGUGUUCGGCGGCGUCACCUGUCUUCCCGGCUGCUUCUGCAUGUAUCGAAUCAAAGCCCCGAAAGGCGGUCAGAACUACUGGGUGCCCAUCCUAGCCAACCCGGACGUCGUCGAGCACUACUCCGAAAACGUCGUCGACACCCUCCACAAGAAGAAUCUGUUGCUGCUCGGCGAGGACCGAUACCUCUCGACCCUGAUGCUGAAGACGUUCCCCAAGCGAAAGCAGGUAUUCAUCCCUCAGGCGGUCUGCAAGACCACGGUCCCCGAGCAGUUCAAGGUGCUGCUCUCGCAACGUCGACGAUGGAUCAACAGCACGGUGCACAACUUGAUGGAGCUGGUUUUGGUGCGGGAUCUUUGUGGAACCUUCUGUUUCAGCAUGCAGUUCGUCGUGUUCAUCGAAUUGGUCGGGACCUUGGUGCUACCCGCCGCCAUCUCCUUCACCAUCUAUCUAAUUGCAAUCACGAUCAAGGCCGGCAUUACCCACACCGAAGCCCCCUUAAUCCCCCUCAUCCUACUCGCGCUCAUCCUGGGUCUUCCGGGCUUUUUGAUCGUGUUGACCGCGAGCCGCGUUUCGUACGUCCUCUACAUGCUUGCUUACCUGAUCUCCCUCCCUAUCUGGAACUUCGUGCUCCCAACGUACGCCUACUGGAAAUUCGACGACUUCAGCUGGGGCGAGACGCGGAAGACGGCCGGCGAGAAGACCAAGAAGGCCGGCAUCGAAUACGAGGGCGAGUUCGACAGCAGCAAGAUCACAAUGAAGCGAUGGGGCGACUUUGAGCAGGAACGCCGGCUCAAAGGCCAGGCGUCGGCGUGGUCGCAGCAAUCCGCCACGACCACCGGCGCUGGAACGUGGCCGAUGCAGCAACAGCACCAUCAGCAGCAACAUCAAGGCGCAUAUGAAUAUUACGAUUAA